UGGAUAACCAGUUACUAUUUGUGCCUGACUGUGUCAUGUCUAAGUUUGAUACCAAAGAGAAGCAUGAUUUUGAUUUGGAAGUCGUCCUCGACGCUUUUCGACGUUGUCACGCGGACGACAACACGCUGUUGAUGUCGGAGUACCUGCGGGCGUACACGGAACUCUGCAGAUUCUUUAAGUUGAUGGGAACACUGUUUGGUUUCGUGGCGAGGGACAUUGAAGACAAAGUGCAAAUACUCUCCGCUCACUGCAGUUCAGACGUGGGAGACAAAUACAACACGAUCCAGUCCAUGAUAGCCUUCGAGGUCGAGAAUGACAUCACCCAGAGGAAGCGACCUUUGGCAUCGGGGUCAAGGACGUUGCUUAGACUUCACAGGGCCUUGGAAUUUAUCAUGGCGUUCAUGGACCGGAUCCGACUGAGCGACGAGAAUGAGAAAGCGUCAUCCAUCGCCUCGGAAGUGUACACACAGACGCUGGCCAAACACCAUCCUUGGAUAGUACAGAAGAUUUCAUUGGUUGCCAUGUACAUGCUGCCUUCCAAGAAGACGUUCAUUGAUGUGAUGUGCAAACAUGACUACGCAAAUGUCAUGACGAUGCUCAGUGACGUCAUAUGUGAGGGAAAACCUAUUUAUGACAUAACUCAAGAACUGUAUGAAAAGAAUGGUUUGCUAGAUUUGCCGUGAGUUGGGGUUUUUAAAGCUUUUUUUUUUCAUCGUCAUGGCAACCAGAAAUGUUUCAUUAUGACGCAGUAUCUAUUGUCAUAAUCACCACGGUCUCCACACAUCUUCAGCUUUAACGACCGGAGACGAAGAAAACAGUUCCCGUG